CGCGCACGCACGCCGCGUCGUGUGUUUGUGGUGACGUCACGUUCUCGCCCAGCAACGCGAGCGGGAUCGCGAAUGGCGGCGCAGAGAGGGGAGUUCAAACCCAACGGAGGCUCGUCCUGCCCGUGACUCGGCAACAUGAAGCGGAUGAAGGCGGCGCGUACCGCCGCGGCUACCGGAGCCGAGGCGGAGGACGAAGACGACGUGCAGGGCCCGGAUCUGGCGGACGUGGAAGAUUCUUCAGCGAAGGCGCUGGUCAGUCUGAAAGAAGGAAGUCUAUCAAGUACGUGGAAUGAAAAGUUCUCUCCUCAGAAAACCCUGACGUGGAAAGGUGGAAGCAACCCAGUGACCGAGCUGCCCCACCGGAGUUCGAAAAGGAGCAGACUUAUUAGUGAUGAAGAAGAUCACCAGAUCAAUACCCGAUCGCCAAAAAGGAACCAGAAGGCGACCAUGACACCACAGAAGUUAGCAGCCGCCACAACCACACCGGUGAAAAAAGCCUCGCAGAAAAUAGGCUACAGGCUCCGGAAUCUGCUGAAACUCCCCAAGGCGCAUAAAUGGUGUAUAUACGAGUGGUUUUAUUCCAAUAUUGACAAGCCUCUUUUUGAAGGGGAUAAUGAUUUCUGUGUUUGCCUAAAAGAAUCUUUUCCAAAUCUUAAGACAAGAAAACUCACCAGAGUAGAAUGGGGAAAAAUUCGACGACUGAUGGGAAAACCUCGAAGAUGCUCUGCUGCGUUCUUUGAAGAGGAGAGGUCGGCACUAGAGCAGAAGCGACAGAAGAUCCGGCUUCUCCAGCAGAGGAAGGUUGCAGACGUUUCACAGUUCAAAGACCUUCCAGAUGAAAUCCCACUUUCCUUGGUAAUAGGAACAAAGGUUACAGCCCGGUUGCGUGGUAUGCAUGACGGCUUGUUCACUGGCCAGAUAGACGCUGUAGAUACCCAGAACUCAACUUACAGGGUUACUUUCGAUAGAAAUGGUCUCGGCACUCACACUAUCCCAGAUUACGAAGUCCUGAGUAACGAGCCCCAUGAGACUAUGCCCAUUGCUGCCUUUGGUCAAAAACAGCGGCCUCCCCGAAGCUACAUGACCCCUCCACGGUUACAUCAUCCGUCUCAUGCUCAAUCGCCCAGCCUGGAAAUGGAAGCCUUGUUGGCACAAUCUUGGAAAACAAAAUCUUCCAGUUCGGACGGUGACACUAUAGGAGGUUUUCCUGUUGAAUUCCUUGAACAGGUGACCCGAUUAUCAAAGAUCUUGAUGGUCAAGAAAGGACAAAUUAAAAAGCUAAAAGACAUGAAUACAGAAGCUGAAAAGCUGAAAUCCUACUCUGCACCAAUCAGCAUAGAGUUCCAGAGGAGAUACGCUACCAUCGUCCUAGAACUGGAGCAGCUCAACAAGGACCUUAACAAAGUCCUCCAUAAAGUCCAGCAGUUUUGCUGUGAGCUUGCUCAAGAUCAGGGACUUCAGCCAGCGAACCAGCCAACCGACAUGAGACGGCGCUGCGAGGAAGAGGCUCAGGAGAUGGUCCGUCAAGCAAACACGUCCAGCGGGCAGCCAUGUGUGCAGAACGAGAGCUUGACAGACCUCAUCUCCAGGCUCACAGCCAUCCUUCUGCAGAUAAAAUGCCUCGCGGAGGGAGGAGACCUGAAUUCGUUUGAGUUUAAGUCGUUAACAGAGUCGAUUAAUGACAUAAAGAAUUCAAUAAACCCUUCGAACAUCAGGUGUUUUCAGGACAAUGUGGAGAUCCACGUGGCGCACAUUCAGAGUGGUCUGAGUCAGAUGGGAAACCUCCACGCCUUCUCUGCCAAUAACACAAACAGGGACUGAUGAUCGGCCGCGGUUUCCUCGUAGACGGACUUGUCUAUAACAGAUGACAAACUUGUUUCUAUAAAAAAAAAAAAUAACAAAAAAGGACGAGAACCAGCAUUACGGACCUCACCUAUUUUAAUUACUUUGUCCUAUGGAUACAGAACUGCACCAAGUGUCUAUCAGCAUCGCCGAGCCACUACCAAAAUCCCGCCAAUUUUCCGAACGGAGCGGAGAUAGAGCAUUCAGCGCCCCCUGCAGACGGCCCACCGCCCCCGCGGUCAUCGGGCUGACUUGUCUUAUCCCGCUUUAGCUUCUCAUAUCUAGAUGACAUUGUAGCUGUAAGAGCCAUUACCAGGGUCUUCUACCUGAAGGAUACACACGAGAAACCUAGGAACCUGCCACAUGGGGGGGGGGGGGGGUGCGCCCCUUAAAGUACUGCGCUGUCACCAUAGUAACUUUUAAUACCCCGUUUUGUUAGUUUAAAGGGGUUUUCCACAGUUGAUCUGCUUAAAGGGGUUCUCCAGGGUUUUAUUUAAAAGGAAAAAAAAAAAACACGGCUGCCUCUCUAGGAAGCAGGGCCACGCUUGCUCACAGGUCGUGCGUGGUUGGCAGCUCAGCUGUACUGAAAAGCAGCCAUGUUUUUCUGCUCCUUGCCCCUUUAAUCAUCUUCCAGUGGGGUCAUUUUUUUAAACUUUCUCAUAUGCUUUGUGUUUUAUUUCUUUCCAUUAAGAUCUGAGCUGCCUGCUCCCACCACUAGGGGGAGCUGUAUAAUCACAUACAGUGGUCUCCCCCUAGUGGAGGCUGCAGAUAAAAAGCACUCCGACCCCCAUACAGAUCUGCAAAGAAUUUUGGACCGAAAAGCAAAAUGAUGAUCCACCUUUGGGGGGGGGGGGGGUGUAAACUUCUAUCAGAGUGCUUCGGGGUAGAGGCGCUAAGCCAGAAAUGUUAAAAGUAGUUGCUUAACUGGCAGUCGCCCUGAUAAAAUGUCAUGACCAUUGAUCCCCUCUGCAGCCGGAGAUGCUCAAAUUCCUUGUGGUCUCCCCUCCAUCCUCAGCGUUCAGGCUGCGGUAUGAUGGCUACUUGGGGGAGCCUUCAAGGAAACCGAUUGCCCCCUACAGUAGCUUCACAUCACUCCAAGAGGGUCUGAGUCCUUCUGAGAUCAUGGUUGACGUGAUCUGCACCGCGCCACUCAAGCUUGACUCCUGUCCGGUUGCUAGGGAUUUGCUGUCUGACAACUGGUAUUGUCAAUAAGGUUGUCGGGGUGUAAAGGCCUAGAAACCAGUCUUUCGGGUUACUUGGGUAUUUGGACCGUGGCAGUAUUGGCUGACGUGAGGGCAAAGAAGGGUCAAGAAAACUUCAGUGCUUCCCGUGACUCCUGGAAACGGGCCACGAGUGAGGAUCGCCCACCACCACCUAUGAUGGCCAUAUGUCCUUUAAGAAAUGGCUGGAUAUAAUCUACAGCGUUCUUCCAUAGACAAGUCUCGUAGGCAUAUAGGUAUGACCCCCCCCCCCGACCGUGAUGCAGGACUGGGGCAGCGGUCCUACCAUGUUCCUGGGUUUAGCCGUUACCUUGAUCCAUGGCACAUAGCUGUUACUGAAGAAAUACUGCAGAGCGCACCCCCCUGGAUGGUAUGCUCUGCAGGCCUGGGUGUCGGGGUGCCUCCUAGAGGUGAUCGGUGAUAUAACAUUUCAAAUUUGUUUUAAGAGCUAGAUGUAGGUAAAGUUCCCCAAUAUUUUAGAGCCCCCAAAUGAUGAAGUAUUUUAUGGUAUUGUACAGAGCAGAGACGCCCGGGGCCCCACCCUGAGGUGCUUGUAUAGUUUAAAAAGAAAAAAAAAAAAAUAUUCUACAAGUUCAGGUGUACUUUGUAUCUUCAUUUCACGUGCUGCACGAGGGCUGAUAUGUAACACGUAUGUGUGGACUUGUUAUGAAAGGUUUUUAUUUUAAUAAAGCAGUGGAUGGUAGAGAGACAUCUUA